AUGCUGACCCAGCUACCCACCUGAACUACUACAACAAAAAUACUGUUCCACCCCUUUCAUUUUAGAAAAUCGAUAUCGUAUUUCACCUUUUUGAUAGAAAAUUAUUUAGAUUUUUUCUUUGCAUCUCAACGACACCCCAGUGUAUACCAAUUUCUGCCUUCUCCUGUUCAUUAUCACCUAAUCUGUCCGUCAUUAGUACGAAUCUAUUACUCAUACUCGCAAGAAAACCUCCCUUCUGUAAAACGCUUAAGAAACUUCAUCUCCCAGUGAAGAGGGGUGGUGCUUUCUAAACCAGUCUCUGGGAUGAACAUCGUGUUUUUUUAAAAAACGUAAUUUUUCAAAACGACUCAAUUCGAUGCGAUACAUAGUACAGCGUGACACCACAACUCAGGAAUUUGACAACGGGGCUCCGAGGAGAUUCAGGAGGAGUUGACCAAGAUUAUAACUGACGUCUUCACAAACGAAAAGAGAAAAACGGUCCCGGGCGGCGUGUUCCUUAUUUGGUAAAGAUAUCUUAAAGCGAUCGUAUCCCCCGGUGUUGAUGUUAGCCCUCUGCGAGAGACGUGAGUCAUGUUGGAGCCAGCAGAUCGCGUCCCCGGCGGUCGGCUCUGCACGGGGUUUUGCGCGCAGGCGGGAUCAGAACACAGAAGUGUGCAUUCUUUGAGCAUGAGGCGCUGCGGAGACGGUGGGGAGCGGAGGACCAAGCAGUCACCGCUUGUAAACUGUAAGAGUACAGCUCACAGGAAAGUCACCCUCUUAUUUUCUCAAUCGUUAUAAUUAUUAACAGCAGCGACUGGUCCAGCGUCGCUUCCAGGAAUUGCAAUACACUCACGCUCGAGUGUAGAACAGCCCCCUAGUUGUUAUUUCGUUCCUAGGACGUCCAUAGGACCAUGAGACAUAGGAGCACCUGGGUGGUCACAGAACAGGAUCCGUUGCCCCAGGCAUAAGUUUGCUCGCUGUUAAACAAUUGGUCUUUAGUUAUGAAAUAAAAACAAGAACGCAAAAUCAAAAUCAGAAAAACACGCCCGGUGUUCGGCUCCGGUGACGUCACCCGCCCCAACUCACACCUCUUCCCGAUCCCCGGAAAUCCACAAGCACAGGACAUUUCAAGCACCACCAAAGGUGACUUUAGCGCCCCGGCGUCCUGUUAGACGCAUCCAACAACAACAACAAAACAAAACCCUAAAUUGAAUGGGUUUGGUGACGCGGAGGGUAGAUCUGCCGCCUGUGUUGGAGUCCUGCUCGGAAUCCUUGUGUGUGGAGUUUGCGUGUUCUUCUUUUUUCGCGGGAUACCCCCCGCCUUUCUUCCACCGGCAAAACACACGUACCCGCCCGGGUUAUUUGGCGUCUCUAGGGAUUGCCCGAGCGCCGUGACGGACUGGCGUCCCGUCCAGGGUGCGUCCGGCCGAGGCUGGCGAGGUUAGGCCCCGGGUCACCAGCGGAUCCAAGCGGGUUACCGAGGACUCAGGAGUUAAAGGGCACCGUAAGCGGAACAAGCAAUGAUUUUACUCAUCACCCCUCGACCCCGCUUCGGUUCACACGACAGUACCAUUUGCUGGGGGGGUAAAUAUACGGCGUGAAAUCACGGAUAAAACGAAACGAAACAACACAAAACCAGCAAAAGGUCUCAGCUGUUGUCCCGGGGGGGUCUGCGGUUGCUCUGACACUCGGCGAAAAGUCUCCAGAUAGUUGUGCUGGUCAACAAGGCGCGUGUGAUUCUCCUUUCCGUCACUAGGGAGCGGCGCAGCUCGCCCUUUCCAACUCGCAGGCACCGCCAGGGUGUAGGAGACUCCGGCAGGGUCGGGGCUCGACGUUUCCACAGCAGGCUGGACUUGUCAGGGAGGCAGACGCAGUCUCCCCGGCUGCCUCUCGCUCUCUCUCUCACUCUGCCUGGGUCUGCGUUGCCCGAGUGCGUGUUGUACCAUCUACCUCUCCGUCCGCGGAGCAGCAGCAGCAGCAGCAGAAAACCUCCUCUUCCCCGGGCGCCGUCCCCGCUCAACUCAACCGGCGUCCCAGCCUCGUCCCCCCCCCUCGCCUCCUCCACCGGCAUGGACCCAGACAAGACCGAACCGGACCCCCCCCAGCGCAACGGCUCGCCGCGGGCGCAGCUGCACGGAGAAUUCACGGCGGCGGCGGCCGGCAAGCAGGUCAGGUACGCGGUGAGCCUCACGGACCGGGAGCUGGCGGUCCAGAAGAUCACCUCCGCACCUGCAGGACGGAACAAGGUGCUGCUCAAUCUGAAGGACUGUAUCGGAUGCCGAGCUUUUAAAGGGGCAGACUCCGCGGAGGCCGGGGCUUAUCUUUCGGUGGUUUUCUACCCCUUUAAGAAGAAAUGGAUGGGUGCCGGGCUGGCCCGGCACAGGGUCGAGUACUGCUUUGAGGUCGCGCUGUCCCAGGACGCCCGGACGAACCGGGACGAAGCGGAGAGAUGGGCUUCGGCCAUACGGGAGAGCUGUGUCCGCCUGUGGCCGCAGGGACAGGGGGUGCUGGGGUUCUCGGUGCCGCGACCCAGCAGGAUCCUGGUGCUGCUGAACCCUCACAGUGGGAAGGGGCAGGCACUGUCCCUCUUCACCAGCCAUAUCCAGGGCAUGCUCACUGAGGCCGGCAUCGCACACCAGCUGGUCAUCACAGAGCGGCAGAACCACGCCAGGGAGCUGGUGAGGGAGGCGGAUCUGUCGCAGUGGGACGCUCUGGUCAUCAUGUCUGGAGACGGGCUCCUGUUCGAGGUGGUGAACGGGCUGAUGGAGCGGGGGGACUGGGAGGCCGCUAUCCGGACACCCCUGGGGAUCCUGCCAGGGGGCUCUGGGAACGCGCUGGCCGCCUCCAUCAAUCACUACUGCGGGUUCCCGCCGGCGAUGGGCGAGGAGCUGGUGGUGAGCUGCGGGUUCCAGCUGUGCCGGGGGCUGGUGUCCCGGCUGGACCUGGCGGCGGUGCACCUGGGCUCCGGCCAGCGGCUCUUCUCCUUCCUGUCCCUGGCCUGGGGCUUCGUGGCCGACGUGGACAUCGAGAGCGAGAAGUACCGGCGCGUGGGCGCGGCGCGCUUCACCCUGGGCACGCUGGUGCGCCUGCCGCCGGACCCCCUCCUGGUGCCGCUGGCCCAGCCCGUGCCCGGCUGCUGGACAGCGGUGCCGGAGGAGGACUUCGUGCUGCUGCUGGCCAUGUACCAGUCCCACCUGGCGGAGGACCUGCUCGCGGCGCCGGCCGACGGGCUGCUCCACCUCUUCUACGUGCGGGCCGGCGUGUCCCGGGCCGCCCUGCUGCGGCUCUUCCUGGCCAUGGAGAGGGGCGCGCACCUGGCCGCCGGCUGCCCCCAGCUGGUGCACGUCCGCGCGCGGGCCUUCAGGCUGGAGCCCCUCAGCCCCAAGGGCAUGAUCACGGUGGACGGCGAGGCGGUGGAGUACGGGCCCGUCCAGGUCCAGGUUCACAGCGGGCUGGGCCGGCUCGUCACGGGCUGACGGCCGGCGCCGGGCUCCUGCUGCCCCUGCUUCGUUGUACUACAGCUGGGGCGGGAGAACCCAAGUGCUGACCCCUGGACCUGUGAUCCUUCUGACCCUUUUCAGACAGAAUCCUCCACAGACAAUAAUCCCUUCACUAGAGUGGGGGGCUCUGUGACUGUAUGAGAAUCGUGGGCGAUGUAUCACUGGGACCUGGUGAGAAUCUGAGCGUCCUUCUUCCUGCUCUAUCAGAUCGCGCCCUGUAAAUGCUCAGACGGUCACUCAGUUUCUUCAGCCUGCAACGUGAAGUCUUCAGGGUGACAGGAAAAGCUCUUCGCUGUGAAGUGUCACUGAAGAACGUUACCUAAAGCAGAUCAUUUUUCAGCUGUCUUGCUGAGAUCUAGAUUUCAUGGUCUUCUCUCUCUAAGCAGCUGUAGGAUGAGGACAGAGGUCUUGCGUUCUGACGUGACAUUUAAAAAAAAAAAAGAGCAACUUCGUCACCAGUGCUUAGCAACUAGAAGUGACAUCCUCAUUCUCUUUACAUCUAGCACUUUUGGUGUUUUUUUUUAAACCCCAUUAUAAAUGGUACAUGGCUGAUUUUUUCAGGAUAGGAGAGCCCGAGACGUCAGUUAAACUGAGGGCUGGUCGUGUUAAAAUAUUGCAGAUGAAGUAUUGAAUAGUUGGCAAAGGCUGGCACUACAUUGAAAGGGUUAAAUCUCAGCCUGGGUUCUGGCCAUCACCACCCGAACCGUCCCUCUCCCAACACCUGAGCGCUGGAGGGUGGGGAUUUAGGAGGGAUGGCCGUGCAGUUCAGCUGUGGACAGGUACACCACAGCUCUCCAGUACUCAGAUUUCUGAGCCAUUAAUACCUUAUGUGUCCUUAACUGAAGCUUUUCUUUUAAAAAAAAAAGACUUAAUAAUUGAAUAAUAAUUAAGGAUCAUGAGUGGCAAUGCACAGCAUGGUCAAUUGAGCAUGGAGCUGUGGCUCUGGGUUAUUGAUUAGCAAAAUGCUGCAUGAGACACUUGGUCUAUUUUAUUGCACUGUUUGCCUUUCCUAUGAGUAGAGCAAUUGCUGCAAUCCUUUGCUGCUGCUGUGAAUGGGGAAACUACUGGGUUUUACCAUACUGGACAGCCCCUGACACCACAUGGCUGAGUCUGCAUGUAGAAUGGAGAACUGUACAGACAGAAGAGAGUUAAUCUGCUUCUAAACAAAAAAAAAAACAGAGAAUGGCUAAAUUUAUCUUGACACAGCGAUGAGGAAUUUUGUACUGUGUAGCACCGCUAUGCUGUGGGUAAACUCCCUUCUGUAAAAAUAGUCUCGUUCCAGAAGUAUUUCCUACUUAUAGUCUUUCUGAAUGCGACAGCUGUCUUAACAACAGCUUUGGGGCAGGAGCGUAUGAAGGAUGGUGUAGGUUUAUUCUGUUCCCCACAGGAGGCUGCUUUGUUCAGUCAGUGCUGGCUUACCGAGACAGGGAGGAGACUGCAAUGCUGGGCUUGUACACGAUGGCAGUGUUGUGUUCACAGCUGCAGUGAGAUGUGCUGGAAGCAGGCCCCCCGGUAGGAGUUCUGACUAUGCAAAAAUCAAUCAAUAUGCAAAUUUAACUGUGCGCGUUAAGGUACAGGUGAAAAUCAGAUGUGUUCAGGUAUCAACAGAGGUACUUACGGGAAUCAGAACAAAAAAAGAUCUCUUUUGAAAACAAAUCUAUAUAUAAAAAAAAUCUGCACCAAAGCAGCCUCCCACAAUCUGUUUAGUAAAUGAUUUUAACAAACCCAUACGUGAGGGAAAAAAAGCCAUUAUUUUUAAUCCCUCUCUCUCCACAACUUCAUUUUAUAAUUUGCACUUCAUUUAACACUUUCAGAUUUUAAUAUGAACUAGGCCUUAUCUGUAUGAAAGAUCUGCCAUCAGCUUUGCAAUGAUGGCAAAAGCUUUGUACUUUUAAAUACCUCUCCCCCCCCCUUACUAAUCGUACUUGAAGGAGGGUGGAAGAGAAGGGUUGUUACAAGUCCUCUGACCUCCCGGUCCAGCUCAGUGGUCUCGCUGCCCGUAGUGGGGGGUGGGUGCCAGUGCCACCCUACAAGCAGGGCACUGGGCGGCCGAUCCUGGCUGGAAUACUGUCAUGACCGAUGAGCCACAAAAACAUUCAUUACAGCUCUUCACACAUCACUCAAUCAUCUGGGGGGGGUCUGUGCCAGGUCCCCUAAAAGCUGCUGUCGUGAAAAAACUGUUGUGGAAAAAGCUGCUGUCCUGGGACCAUGAUGGUGAAGCUAUGGUACUGUUAUUUUUUUCUUCGUAGAAUAAUCAAUGCCAGCUACUGUACUGUGUGAGACGACAUCUAUAUUUUUACACUGUGCAAAGAUCUAACUUUUGUAAAAUGAAGAAUCUUGCUGGAGCUCAAAACUUUUUUUUAAGAAAAAAAGAAAACAGGUGUCCGGUAAAAUCGAUUAAACACUCCUUGCUGAUCAAGUCAA